AUGAGAUCUAACAUUGGGUCAACAUCUUCAAAGCGUCGUGCUUGUUAUUUUCAUGUGGGUGGGAACUGUGCAGAAAAUGGUGAUGGUGAAGUUAAGUACAAUGGUGGAACUGUCAGGGUAGGAGUGAUAAAAAAAAGUAUAAGGCUUGAAGAUUUGAGGGUUACGAUAGGAGGAUGGUUUGGUGUAGAUAGUAAUAAUUGUGACAUUAAAUACACAUUAGGCUUUGAUGAUGGGAUAUCAAUAGAUCUCAUUGAUGACGAUGAAGUUGACAACCUAUUUGAGUAUAAUGACAGUAAUGCACAUGUUUACGUAGUAGCUAAAGGUAAUAAGAAUACGGAGGAAGAAGUGGCUGAUCCAAACAGCCUGCUAUAUGUAGUACAGAGUGCACUAGCACCUUUGCCAAGCAUGAAUUCCUUGAAAUGGAAGAAAGUAUUGUUAGGAUUGAGGCAGAGUUUUGCACAUGCAGAUGAUUUCAAGAAGAAACUACACAAAUUCAGUAUUGCAAACAAAUUUGAGUAUAAAUAUGUGAAAAAUUCUAAUAUCCAUAUGUAUGUUAAAUACAAGGUUGAAGGUUGUCCAUGGAGGAUCAGUGCGAGAGUAGCUGGAAAGAGUAUUUCAUUUUUACGUGUAACGACAUUAAAAAAUGAGCAUGUUCAUAAUUCACAAUACAAUCUUCACGUGACACAUGGUGGAUCAGCUAGCUUGACAUCAUCAAUUAUAAUUGAAGAGGUUAGGGAUCACAUAGACAUGCGUCCAAAUGAUAUAAGAAAGAGGUUGGAAAGAGAUUAUAGUGUGAAGUUGACAUACAAGCAAGCAUAUAGGGCCAAGGAAAAAGCAUUGGAGGACAUAUAUGGCAAAGCUGAUCAAAUUUAUAUGCUUAUUCCAUGGAUAUGUGAUCGGUUAAAGGAAACCAAUGACAAAACAGUGGCAAAAUGGGUGGCUACAAUGAACAACACAUUUGAGUGUGUAUUCAUAGCCUACAGGUGUUGUAUAGAGAGCUUUGUUGCUGGUGCUAGACAUGUAUUGUAUAUUGAUAGAAGUCAUUUAAGUGGACCGUAUAAGGGGACACUACUUUCAGCCUUUGCUUAUGAUGCGGACAAUGAAUUAUUCCCUUUUGCGACUGCAAUUGUGAAGGGAGAGACACUUGAGGAUUGGACAUAG